AUGAGUAAGCUAUUUUUUCAAGAUUUCCUAUCAUCUAGAAAUAGAUCUACAUAAGAGAGAAAGAAGAUUGUUAGAACACAACAAGAAAUAGAAAGAAUAAGCGAAAGAAAAAUAAGUGAAACUUUAAAAUCUAACGAACAUAUUGUUGAGGAGUUAAGACUAUACAAAAUGAAAUUAGAGAAACAAGUUCAAGAAUAUUAAUAAAAAGUACUGCAUUUAUGAAAUAUAGAAUUUAGAAUUGGUUGAAAAAGCAUCAUAUUUAGAAGUACAGAAUACUACAUUAUAAUAUGAAUUAGAAACAUCUAGAUUGAAAUUAGAAACAAUUACAAAUGCUUAAUAAUCAUCAUAAACAUAAUAGAUUAAUCUAUUGAAGGAUUAAGUUGAUUCCUUAAUUAAAUAUAAAAUUGAGAGCGAAUCAUACAAAGGAUAAGUACUGACAUUAAAGAAUGAAAUUUUAAACUAUUAGAAGGAGAUAAAAGAACUAAUAGAAACUAAUACUUAAAUUAAGACAUAAUAUUCAAGUAUAACAAAGGAAAAUAAGAGAUGCUAAUAAUAGCUAGAUAAUAGUUAAAAUGAAUUUUAUAAAUUAUCUGAAAAAGUAUUAAAAUAAUUUUAUAAAUUAGUUUAAUCAAUUUGAAGCUAUGUAUCAUAGUAAAAUUAAAUAUUAUGAGGAAGUUUAAAAAUAAUUCGAGCUAGAGUAACAGAGAGUAAACUUUUAAUAUUAAGAGUUAGUGAGAGAUUUACAUCUAUUGGAAAACGAAAAUUAAUAAUUAUAUAAAUAAUUGUAACUUAAUUAAUAUGAAAAAGAAGAUUAAGACAAGAAGAUAUAAGAUGAAUAAAAUUAGUUAAAACAGGAAUUGCAAAAAGUUUAAGACGAAAAUAAAAUAUUGGAAAAAUCUCACAGAACUUUGAAAAUAGAAAAAAAAGUAAUAUAUGACAAUUAGAAUUAAAUUAAAUUAAAAAUUAAUAGAUUGGAGUAGGAUUUAAAUUAGAAAGAAUAAACGAUAAAAUAAUAAGAAUAACAAUUAUAGGAAAAAAUUCUAAUUAUUAGUUAGCUUGAAAAUAUUGCAUAUGGAUUAAAAUAGAGUGCAUAGGAGGGAAAAGAAAAUACGAAUUAAACUUUGCUACAAUAUAAGGAUUUAAUGCAAGAGUGUGAUUAAUUAGAAUAAUAAAUUGCAAGAUUAGAAUAAGACAAUGACAUUGUGAAAAAGGAGUAUGAAUAAGUUUUAUAUGAAUUGAAAGAUUUACAAUAGGAUAACAUAUAAUUAUAGGAAAGAAAUGCUUUACUUAUCAAGGAUAAUUAAUAAAUAUAGAUUGAGAAUACAAAUUUAUAAAUGGAAAUCUAGAAUUUAAAUUAAAGAGUUAUAGAAUUGUAAGAUUAUGCUGUUGAAUUUUAAAAGGAAUUAAAAGAUCAUAUAGAAUAACAGAGUAAAAUAAAUUAAUAGAGAUCCUUUUAAAAUUCUCAAUAUUUAUAAAAUUCUGCUACGUUAAGUAAUCAAAGAAAUAGUUUUAAUUCAAUUUAAAGAGGUACAGAUGAUUCAUAAGCUGUUGGAAACCAAUCACCACAAUCAAAUUAAACAACUACAAUAAAUCAAUUAAAAAAAUUAGUUAAAUAAUAAUGUGUAGAAGGAAAUCCUGGAUAUGGUUAAUAAUCUGUUGAGAACACAAAAAGACAUUAAGCUAGAACUGAUCAUAUUUCGAAUUCAAGCAAAAUACAAACUGACAGAUAAUUUGAUGAACAUUCAAAAGAAAACUGUUUAUAAAUUUUAUAGGACAAAUAUUAUGCAUUAAGAAAUAGAAUUUAUGAAUAAAAAAAAUGA